GCUACCGCGCACUCGCGGCUCCCUAGCGGCGAGAGGGAGAACGAGCGCAGGGGGGUGGAGAAAGUAAGGGUUCGGGGGUGGGAGGAACCCACCUCGGGAGCCCGGGAAAUCCCGGCCGUGCCACCGCCCCCAACUUUGUGGCGCCCUCCGGCAGCGGCGGCAAGGAUGGAGCUGCCUCCCCGCGGCCGGGCGUCGCCGGACUCGCCGCUGGACAGCGCCUCCCUGACCUCGCUGGACUCCAGCGUCUUCUGCAGCGAGGGCGAAGGGGAGCCCCUGGCGCUCGGGGACAGCUUCACGGUCAACGUGGGCGGCAGCCGCUUUGUGCUCUCGCAGCAGGCUCUGUCCUGCUUCCCACACACGCGCCUUGGCAAGCUGGCCGUGGUGGUGGCCUCGUGCCGGCGCCCCGGGGCCCUGGCCGCCGUGCCCAGCCCCCUGGAGUUCUGUGACGACGCCAACCCCGUGGACAACGAGUACUUCUUCGACCGGAGCUCGCAAGCGUUCCGCUACGUCCUGCACUACUAUCGCACCGGCCGCCUGCACGUCAUGGAGCAGCUGUGCGCGCUCUCCUUCCUCCAGGAGAUCCAGUACUGGGGCAUCGACGAGCUCAGCAUUGACUCCUGCUGCAGGGACAGAUACUUCAGAAGAAAGGAGCUGAGUGAAACUUUAGACUUUAAGAAGGACACAGAAGACCAGGAAAGUCAACAUGAGAGCGAACAGGACUUCUCACAAGGACCUUGCCCCACCAUCCGCCAGAAGCUCUGGAACAUCCUAGAGAAACCGGGGUCUUCCACAGCUGCCCGGAUCUUUGGGGUCAUAUCCAUCAUCUUCGUGGCCGUGUCCAUCGUCAACAUGGCUCUGAUGUCAGCCGAGUUCAGCUGGCUGGACCUGCAGCUGCUGGAAAUCCUGGAGUAUGUGUGCAUUAGCUGGUUCACCGGGGAGUUUGUCCUGCGCUUCCUGUGCGUGCGGGACAGGUGCCGCUUCCUGAGAAAGGUGCCAAACAUCAUAGACCUCCUAGCCAUCUUGCCCUUCUACAUCACUCUUCUGGUAGAGAGCCUGAGUGGGAGCCAGACUACCCAGGAGCUGGAAAACGUGGGGCGCAUCGUCCAGGUCUUGAGGCUGCUCAGGGCUCUGCGUAUGCUCAAACUGGGCAGGCAUUCCACAGGCUUACGCUCACUUGGAAUGACAAUCACCCAGUGUUACGAAGAAGUUGGCUUGCUGCUCCUAUUUCUGUCUGUAGGGAUCUCUAUAUUUUCAACUGUGGAAUAUUUUGCUGAGCAGAGCAUUCCCGACACAACCUUCACAAGUGUCCCUUGUGCGUGGUGGUGGGCCACAACGUCCAUGACUACCGUGGGAUAUGGGGACAUCAGGCCAGACACCACCACGGGCAAAAUCGUGGCCUUCAUGUGUAUCUUAUCGGGAAUCCUUGUCUUGGCCUUGCCCAUUGCAAUUAUUAACGACCGCUUCUCUGCUUGCUACUUCACCUUAAAGCUCAAGGAAGCAGCUGUUAGACAGCGUGAGGCUCUGAAGAAACUUACCAAGAAUAUAGCCACUGACUCAUAUAUCAGUGUUAACUUAAGAGAUGUCUAUGCCCGGAGUAUCAUGGAGAUGCUUCGAUUAAAAGGCAGAGAAAGAGCAAGUACUAGGAGUAGUGGAGGAGAUGAUUUCUGGUUUUGAAUUCUCUUUCAGUUUAUUUACAGAAGCCUGUGUAAUACUAACUUGAUUGAUAAAGCCUUGAUAUGGAAGCCUGUA